GCACUGUGCUCGCAGGACAGAGCUUCUUUUGCCUCUGGACACCACUCAGCUCUCCUCUCCUACCACAAACCUAUCGCCAUGUCUCGUCAGUCAUCUGCUUUCAAGAAGGGAUUCAGCUCCAGCUCUGCUUGCUUAGGAGGGAAGAACAAGGUCACCUUCAGCACGGUGGCCCGAGGAUGCCGAGGGCCUGCUGGCAACGCUGGGGGCUUCAGCAGCCGCAGCCUCUAUAGCCUGGGAGGGAGCAAGAGCACCGCUCUGGGAGGAUUUGGAGUUGGAGGCGUCUGCAGAGGGUUUGGGGCUGGUGGCCAAGGCUUUGGCUAUGGUAUUGGCAAUGGGAUAGGGUUUGGCAGCGGGGCCGGAUGUGGCUUCGGUGGUGGUUUUGGUGGCUUCGGUGGAGGGUUUGAUGGCGGGGCUGGGGGCUUCGCCCAGUGCCCACCGGGCGGCAUCAGGGAGGUGACCAUCAACCAGAGCCUGCUGACCCCGCUCCACCUGGAGAUCGACCCCGAGAUCCAGAAGGUGCGGACACAGGAGAGGGAGGAGCUGAAGACCCUCAACAACAAAUUUGCCUCCUUCAUCGACAAGGUGCGAUUCCUAGAACAGCAGAACAAAGUCCUGGAGACCAAAUGGAAGCUCCUACAGGAGCAAAGCCCCAUCACGAGCACCAGGAGCCUGGACCCAUAUUUUGAAGUCUACAUCAGCGGGCUGAGGAAGCAGCUGGAUGGCCUUUCCAGCGAGAAGAUACAGCUGGAGUCAGAGCUGAAGAGCUUCCAGGACAUGGUGGAGGACUUCAAGACCAAGUACGAAGAGGAAAUCAACAAAAGGACAGCUGCAGAGAACGACUUUGUGCUCCUAAAGAAGGAUGUGGAUGGUGUCUACAUGAACAAAGUGGAGCUUCAGGCCAAGUUGGACUCUCUGGCAGAUGAGCUGAACUUCCUGAGGAACCUCUACGAAGCGGAGCUGUGCCAGAUGCAGAAGACUGUUUCUGACACCUCCGUGGUGCUGUCCAUGGACAACAACCGCAGCCUGGACUUGGACAGCAUCAUUGCAGAAGUGAAGGCGCAGUACGAGGAGAUUGCCAACCGGAGCCGGCUGGAGGCUGAGACCUGGUACCAGAGCAAGUAUGAGGAGCUGCAGGCCACUGCAGGAAAGCAUGGAGACAGUCUGAGGGACACCAAAGCUGAGAUCUCUGAGCUCAACCGCGUGAUCCAGAGGCUACGGGCUGAGAUUGAGAACGUGAAAAAGCAGUGUGAGACCAUUCAGAGCUCCAUUGCUGAUGCUGAGCAGCGUGGGGAGCUGGCCCUGAAGGAUGCCAGAGACAAGCUGACUGAGCUGGAGACAGCCCUGAAGAAAGCCAAGGCAGACCUGGCCCAGCAGCUGCGCGAGUACCAGGAGCUGAUGAACGUCAAGCUGGCACUGGACAUCGAGAUUGCAACCUACAGGAAGCUGCUGGAGGGCGAGGAGUGCAGGAUGUCUGGGGAGUGCCAGAGCAACGUGAGCAUCUCUGUGGUGGGCGGCAGCAGUUCCAUAGGAGGUGGAUACGGCGGCGGUCUCUGCCUUGGAGGAGGAGGAUUGGGAUUCGGCGCUGGGAGCGGGAGGGGCAGCUGCAGCACGGGCGGUGCUGGCUUCUGCUACAGCCUGGGAGGGGGAGGAUUCGGCUCUGGAGCGGGCAGCUCCGUCGUGGUGGGCUCUGGCGGCAUCCUGAAGAACAGCUCUGUGUCCGCCCGGCGGCAGUAGGGCAGAGAGCUGUCCCCGUCCCCGGCACCCAAAGGAGAAAGGAAGCAAACAUCACCAGGACCACCACUCCGCUGCCCAGCUGAGAGCCGCCCAUCUGUCGGGCCAGGCACUGCCCUCUUUUGGACAUCGCAUGGGAAAAGAACAGCAGGCUUCAUCCACCACAGUGACUGAGAUGCUCUGCAGAGGGCUUGGGAACCUCUCGCUUCACCAACCUCCUCCUUGAGACACCCUAAAGCUGUUGCAUGGAGCUGAGAGCUGGCGCUGGAAGGACCCACCACCCCAAAGCCCCCAGCCACAAAGCACCCCACACAAUGCACAGCCUGUGGGGUCUGGGCAUCCCUUGAGGUCUCCCAUGAGACCCUGACAUGCUGCAGUGACUCCAGAGUGCUCACCUCUGUUUGGGCUUUGCCUUUUUGUUGUGAUUGUGAGAACACUCGUGCUUGUUUGCUUAAGCCUUUCUCCUUUGGCAUGUGCCAUACCCCAAUAAACACUAGAGGCAGUA